GCGGGCUGGCUGGUCGUCAGCAGGCAGUCAGGUAGCGGUGCUGCUCGCUUCACGGCUGAACGAUGCCUGGGAAAUGCAAGUUCCAGGACUCGUGGCUCGAUAAGCACAUUUACCAGGACUGGCUGGUGAAAGACGCCCAGGACAUCCACUUCGCCCGGUGCAGAGCCUGCUGCAAAUCCAUCAAGCUGCAGACCAUGGGCGAGGCUGCGCUCACCAGCCACGCAGGAGGAGCUGGUCACAAAGCGGCGGUGCGCAAACUCGUGGAAGCAGGAAAUGUGAUGAUGAUGAUAAACGCCGCGGGGCAGGUGACCGGCAGCAUCAGUCUGACUGAGGACACCAAGGAGCACGUGACCAUCUGCCCCCAGCGGGACACGUUGGACAGAGUGACAGGCAGCGACUGGUCCCAUCUGCAUCACGGCCCCACAAACAACUCCACGUCCCACAAUGCAGAGCUGCAGGAUGGGAAAUUCCCCUCCGCCUACUUCACAGCACCAGGCACCUCCAGGCUCAUCAGCCAGCGUCUCCAGAUGUCAGGCAGUGAGACCGAGGAGGCCACCCAUCGCUCGGUGAAGCACGACUCCGCGGAGCUGUCGAGGCUGGAGCACCACCAGAGGGCGGAGGCUCUGGAGCAGCAGCAGCAGCAGAUGAAGCUCCUGGAGUGGGAGAACAGGAUGAAGGUGCUGGCGUGGGAGCAGGAGCUGGUGAGGGAGAAGAGGAGAGCGGCACGGCAGAAGGAGAAGGCCUUCAGGAUGAAGAAGGCGUACUACAAGGCCAAGUUAAAAAGGAUGGGAGAGGAGGUGCCGCCGUCUUCCUGCAGCGGCAGCGAUGAGGAGGACAAAAGAUCUGAUCCGACUGGAUGAACUGAUUUAAUAGAUUAAUUGUUUUGUCUAUAUAUGAAUUAACAAUUUUUAUAAUGUUCAUUGUUUUUGUACUUGAAUGCAAACAGAAGAUUCUUUAAAUUAUCUGAUUUUACAAAUAUAAGAUAAAAUCACUCUUAAAUGAAUGAGAAUGAAUCUACUCAAGUAGAAGUACUGCUACUUGAAAAUGAAAGUACGAUACCUUGGGUUUUCCCAUUACUCAAAAGUAUGAACAUAGCACUUUUUCUAAUGAGGCUUCUUGUGCAUGCUACCAUGAGAAUGUUUACUUAUAUACUUUACUACUAACUGUUUUCUUGCUUUGUAAAUAAAUCAGCAUUUGUUACAAAGUUUAAUCCGAAUACAGACUAUGAACAUUAGUGGAGAAUCAUCCGGCCAGAAUUACUUGAACAAUAAAAUGUGUGAUUGGUGAAUAUUU